AUGCCCUUCAGGAGUUAUGCAACGAGUUUGAUCCUGCUAAACAACCCGCUUGCCAGUUCUCCCUUGACGACGCAGUAUGCAGCGCAUUUGCCUUCUCUGCGGUUGUUCAAGCUUGUCAUCUACAAACUUGGCCCUGCAAAGUCUAACACAGGCAUUGGUCUCGCCACGAUUUGCCGCGUUGCUGAAGCGACGCAACCGUCAUUCAUGGAGCUGCACUACGAGGGUCGAGCGCAGGGCGCGCCGCUAGAGUUCUCGCCGAAGCACCGCCAGCAUACGCUGGUGCUGCGCAAUUCGUCGAUUUCCAGCACCGCCGUGCUCUUCAAAGUGCAAUGCACGGCGCCGCGCAGGUUCCGCGUGCGGCCGGCACUCGGCCUCCUCAUUGCCUCAGGUGAUACUGUCAAUAUCCAAGUCCAGUUGCGCUCGCAGGAAUGCACGCCGGCUUCGUGCAUGCUCUUGGUCGUGGGCCGUUCCGUCGUAGACGCCCCAUUCACUCGGGCCCCAUCGGAUGCGGAGCAGCUCAAGGCCAUGUGGGCUGCAGCAGAAGCAUCGGACAGCUUGGUGAUCUCAGAGAUGAUCAACAUCCGGAUCCAAGUCUCCUCAGUCGUGACAGCAGAUCAUGACAAAGCGAUGGCGUUACCUGUACAGCGCACGACGACGCAGGUUGCCGAGCUGGUGCUGCUGAUGAUGAAGAGCCAAAGCAGCCGACAAGAAAACGCGCUGACGGACAGUGAGCGCGAGAUGCUGCUGACUGCUCGAGCAUCGCACCCAUCGGACUGGCCUUGCUGGGAAGAGUACGCCGCCCGGAUGAGGAAGCUGCUGCGAGAGCGCAACAAACGCAAGGCACGUUGA